CAGCAACGCAUCACUCGCCCACAGCUGCAGGAGCAUUCAGCAUCUUGGUGUCUCGUGCCACUUAAUCACACCGCCUGAAGGACGCCAUCGUCUGCUUCAACUGAGGGCUCUCCGCUGCUUUGUUUUCUCGCUCGCGCCAUCCACCAACCCAGGUCGACUCCACGUCCACGAGCACCGCAAACACCACCACGCCAGGCCAUGGUCACGACACGAUCCCGGGGCGCUACCCCUGCCCGCGCCAACGGCAAUGCCAAUGGACACACCAACGGCCAGACUACUGGCCGUGACGAUGGCAGCGUCGCCAGCAGCAAGACGACCCUGCGCAAGCGCUCGAGCGACAGCAACAGCGAUACCGACAUCGAAGUCGAACACAAACGUCCCAAGAUCCAGGACAAGACAGACCGCACCCGCUGGCGCAUGCGCAGCGACAAGGGCAGCCACACCUGGCACUACCUCGAGGACGAUGCUGCCGCCAAAAAAUGGCCACAGAGCGAGGCCGACAAAUGGUUCCUCGGCAUGGACACCAACCUCCCCAAGCUCCCGAAGCCCUCGACGCCGCUCGACGCUGUACGCAACGGCCUGACUUUCUUUGAGAAGCUCCAGCUCCCCUCCGGCGAAUGGGGCUGCGAGUAUGGCGGUCCCAUGUUCCUCUUGCCAGGAGUAGUCAUCGCCUGGUAUGUCACGGAGACGCCGAUUCCGUGGUACGUCGCCACUGAGAUCAAGAACUACCUCUUCGCCCGAGCCAGCCCGGACGACGGUGGCUGGGGCCUUCACAUCGAGGGCGAAAGCACCGUCUUUGGCACAACCCUCAACUACACCGUCCUCCGCAUCAUUGGCGUCGAGCCCGACCACCCCGUCAUGGUCAAGGCACGAGCCACGCUUCACAAGCUGGGCGGCGCUACACACUCGCCACACUGGGCAAAGUGCUGGCUCAGUGUGUUGGGUGUCAGCAAGUGGGACAUUGUCAAUCCCGUGCCCCCAGAGUUGUGGCUUCUGCCGGACUGGUUUCCCAUAGCUCCAUGGAGGUGGUGGAUUCACAUUCGGCAGGUAAUGCUGCCCAUGACUUACAUCUGGGAUCAGCGCUGGAGCUGCCCAGAGAACGACCUCAUCAGAGCGCUCAGGCAAGAACUCUUCGUCGAGCCCUACGAAAGCAUAAAUUGGGCCGCCCACCGAAACACCAUCUGCCCUAGAGACAACUACCACCCCAAGUCGUGGCUCCUCAACUCUAUCAACUGGGUCUUGGUCAACUUCUGGAACCCUUACUGCCGCACUGAUCGCCUGCGCAAGAGCGCACGAGAUUGGGUCAGCAAACUGAUCGACAUGGAAGACAAGAACACCGACUACCUGGAUCUUGCCCCUGUCAACGCCGCCAUGAAUACCGUCGUUUGUUAUAUUCGCGAUGGUCCGGGUUCGUACUCUGUACGACGCCACGUUGAGCGCCUCGAGGACAGCAUGUGGGUCAAUGCGGAGGGCAUGUUCUGCAACGGCACAAACGGUGUGCAAUCUUGGGAUACCUCGUUCCUGGUACAGGCUGUGGUCGACGCUGGUCUUGAGCAGGAUCCCAGGUGGAAGCCCAUGCUUGUGAAAGCACUCGAGUUUCUCGAUGAUCAGCAGAUUCGGGAAGACGUCGAUGACCAGCAGCUCUGCUACCGCCAGCAGCGCAAGGGCGCUUGGGCUUUUAGCAACAAGGCGCAGGGGUACGCUGUGUGCGACUGUAUCUCGGAAGCACUGAAAUCUGUGAUUCUGCUGCAGAAAACACCGGGCUACCCUCAGCUGCUCGAGGAUCAACGCCUCUACGAUGCGGUCGACACGUUGUUGACAUAUCAGAAUGCCAGCGGUGCAUGCUCCUCGUAUGAGCCGACACGGGGAAGCGAGCUGCUGGAGAUGUUCAACGCAGCCGAGGUGUUUGGUAAGAUUAUGGUCGAAUACGACUACGUCGAGUGCACCACGGCUGUCAUCACCGCUCUCAAGCUCUUCGGGAAGUACUGGCCAGAGUACAGGGCCAAGGAAAUCGAGGGCUUCAUCAAUAGGGCAUUCAAGUGGAUCAAAACGUACCAGAACCCCGACGGCUCGUUCUACGGCAACUGGGCCAUUUGCUAUACCUACGCCACAAUGUUCGCUCUUGAGAGCUUCCACAGCAUGGGCGAGCACUACAGCAACAGCACGUACGCGAAGAAGGCCUGUGACUUUUUGAUCUCCAAGCAGCGCGCUGAUGGAGGCUGGUCCGAGAGCUACAAGUCAUGCGAGCAAAGCGUGUACACCGAGCAUGCCUCGGGCAGCCAGGUGGUCAUGACCGCGUGGGCCGUCAUCGGCCUCAUCACGGCUGACUACCCAGACGUCGACAAGAUCAAGAAGGGUAUCAAGCUCAUCAUGGAUCGACAGCAAGACAAUGGGGAGUGGGAGCAAGAGGCCAUCGAAGGUGUCUUCAACAAAAGCUGCAUGAUCUCAUAUCCCAACUACAAGUUCACCUUCACUAUGAAGGCACUGGGCAUGUUCGCCAAGAAGUACCCCAACGAGACGGUCUGAAGGGGGCAAGUGCAUGGCGGGAAGAGCUAUAAUAAUGGCUGCGAUGGUUGCAGGGAAAGUUGUAAUAAAAUAAUAGCAGAAACUCUACACGAAUGAAUAAACGGCGGGUUGAUGGGUAGCAUCAAUUAUUCCCAAUUGGAUACCUUACAGA